CUUGACUCUGUGCAUCACCAUUGACUCUUACCAUGUAAUGAGCUGAUCGAGAAUAUCAAAGCCACAAUGACUUCUGUCAAUAUGUCCGGAAAGCGCCGUCGCCUCGAAAACGCGACAUCCACGCUCACCAAACCGUUCAAGUCACCUCUCCGCCGGCCAGCACAAGCAAACAACCAGAAAGCAGACGACAAGUCAUCUGCAACCGCAUCUCCACGCAGUACAAUAACCGACAAAGACGAAACAAACACACCCGGCCGAACCUCAACACCCCUCCCUUCCAGAACAACAACACCCACAACAACCCCCAACCCAACCUCCCAAACCCGCAAACGAAAGACUACCACCACCAGCACAAACACAAUAACCCCCACCAAAAAAAGCCACAUCCUCAUCGACCCUGAAUUAUCCGCCGUCCAAAAACACCACCGUACCCUGCAAUCCCGCCUCUCAACCCUCCGCGCCGACCUCGACACCGCCCAGCAAGCCCUCCGCAUCGAGUCCUCGAACCGCGAAACAGAGCUCGAAUCCCUGGUUAACAAAUGGAAAGCUAUUAGCCAGGAUGCGGCAGAGGAGGUGUUUGCAGGGGCACAGGAGAGGGUUGCGAGGAUGGGGGGGAUGGGGGCUUGGAGGGGGCAGAUGAGGAGUCAGCAGGAGAGGUGGGCGAGGGAGGAGAUGGAGGAUUGGUUUGGGAGUGCGGAGGCGGCAGGGGGUGAGGUUGAUUAUGGGGAUGAAGAUGGGAUUGUGAGGGGGAAGGAGGAGGUGUUGGCGGAGUUGGGUGCUGCUAAGGAGAAAGAGGAGAGGAAAAAGGAAGAGAAGGGUGAUGAGAAUGAGGAAUUUACUAUGGACUUCAUGCUCAAAACGCUGAACGUCGACCCGCAAAUGAUCGGAUUCGACGCUGCUGGACAGAAAUGGAACAAGAACUGAGACCUUGUGUGGGAAUGUACGAUUGAAUUUAUCAGAGGCCAUCUGAUUGUAUGUGUAUGCAUUUCGCUGUUAUGCUCCCUUUUCUUCACGAUAAACGAUAUAGACAGGCGUUUAAAGGUGUACUUAAUCUAAGGCAAAACGGAUCGACUUCGAAUA